AAAGCGAAGGCCCAGGAGAUCUUGAGCACAUUCGCUCCGACAACGAGCCUAUUGUCGAGGAGCCCAGCGGCGUCCCACGCCUGGGCACACCGGCAUCUGCUCCCGGGCGGUACCGGAGGCGGCCUACGGAGACCUUCCUGACCAUGACUCCCUAUGCGGAAAGGAAAGAGACGCCGUCGCCGACAGAGCCAGCCCCGCCCAAGGAGGAGCGGCCUGUUUCGCCUGCGGUGAUCUCACGGCCCUCCCGCAACAAUGCAUUCGGCCGACUCCCAUCGAAUUCCGACCAGUCGUCGUUUCGGUCCAUGGCGGACCAGCGCAAAGACGAAAACAAACCUCCAGUCAAGGAGGUCGUCCAGCGUACCCUCAGCGCCAUGGCCGAGCGAAACGUCAUCCCGCAGAGGGCAUCGGCAGAGGCACUGCCGAGCUUCGAGAUGCUAGAUCUAGUUGACCUGCUGGACCGAGUCCUGGAGAAGCUCGAAGUCUUUCCGACCUCGCACACGCCGCUCUCGCCCGAGACCGACUUUGUGCCGACCGACGGCAGCAGCCCGACGGCGGCCGAUUUCAAGAUCCUCCAGGUCAAGAUCCGGACCCAGAACCACAUCAUCACGGAGCUGGGCCGUCGCAUCGACCGAUUUAAAAAGUCAAUCGAGGACCUCACCGGCAAGGUUGGCCAGCUCUCGAAGGAGAAGGAGCAGCUGGCCAGCGAAUGUGAGAACCUGCGCAAGAACGGCCCCGUUGGAGUCAGUGCGGUUCUGGGCGACGUCACAAACGGACUGCUUGGUCUGCGGCGACCAGGCCGGCUGUCGACACCAUCGGCGGCAGCGCUCGAGGGCAAAGGCAACGACCAGGAAACUGGACUCUCGGGCCUCCUGGAUGAGCUGGAGCUCGACGUCACCAAGGAGGAGCUGGAGCUGGAGCUCAAGCAACGAGCCCUGGCACAGAAGCAGGAGCAUACCGCAAGACUGCAGCAAAAGAUCGAGAAAGAGAAACAGGCGGCCGAUUCCACAGAGCCCGAGAUCUCUGUGCCAGAUCCAUUUGCGCGAACAGAUGACGGCGAGACGCCCACAAAGAUAACCCGCGAGAUGCUCGUCGAGGCAGCCCGGAUGAUCUCGACCAAGAAGCAGUACGACCACCCGACGACUCUGGGCGUCGGCUUUGUUCAUCAAGUGGCGAAGGAUAUAAGCCAGAUGGGCAACCCCUAUCACGGCGUCUCGAGGUCGCCAUACCAGCAAGAGGCCCCGGGCUAUCGGUCUACAAGGUUCCUGCAGCUCAUCCAGAGCACCUCGGACCAGACACACCAUCUUGCUUUGGUCAUUGCCAAGCAAACGCAGGAGCUCCUGGCGACAACCACGACGGAGGAGUACAUCCGGGUGAUCCACAAUCAGUUCACCGAGAUGACCAGCGCCUUCUACGAAUGCCUGGAUGUUCUGGCCGAGGAGCAGCGCGCAUCGGAGCGGUGGCGAUGGAAGUUUGAAAAGAUCCUCCACAAGAUCGAGCGGAUCGAACGAAAGCGGCUGGAGGAUCAAAGGGAGCGUGGACUGGAGUCCUACAAACGACAGUACCUUCUCAAUGCUCUGGCUCCCAUCACGCAGAAGCGUCGGGCCAGAAGCACCUCGGCCCGGCAGCCGCCUCCAACUUCGCCAUCACCCCCACCCAACAUUGCGGCUCGGCCCAUGACAGUUCCAAUCGCACUGUCUUCGUUGCAGCCCCCACUAUCACCGGAUCCGUUCCCACAGUGCCCACCGCCUCCCAGCGUGCCCCCGAUCGCCAUUCGGGUCUCAGACAACGCUCCAGAUGCUGUCAGCGGAUUCUCUGUCGCAAUGUCGCAUGUUUCAGCAUCGGCCCCGACCACCAAGCAUCGCCCGAAGCGAGUGAGUGUGUCCUUGCGCUCGUCGACACCUGCAAACGACCACACGGAUGAGAUCGACGAGUGGAAAGACGUUUCUCACCAAGCACCGAGAGCAUCGACGGCCCCACCGACACUCUUUGGCAUCUCGCCUGUCGGACUCGUGGCAUCAGAUCUAAAGGCGGUGCCGAGUCCUGCAGCCUCUGCCGAGAGACCGGAUGAGCUUCCGCAGGCUGUGCUUCCCCAGCAGGUGCUCGACAGUCUCGAUGGCCUGCACCUCAGCCGCAAAAAGGGUCGGUUCAAGAUCCAGAUGCCGGUGGUGGCUUCGCCGACGCCCUUUAACCUCGUUACCGAAACGGCGCCAGGCAUCCGUGUGAAGUCCUCCAAGGCAGCGAUCUGGCGAGCAGGGGGCCAAAAAACCAAGGUCGACAAGACCUUCCACAAGGCGCGGCAGUACUUGGAGGAGCUCAGGGUGGUGUCUUGAUUGUCUCGAUUCACCCACGAGCCCGGGAGAUGGGAAGAGGGUGGGGGCGACAUCGGCCUGUGGGUCGGCGGCAGGCAAGCAGGGUCGAGUGUACCGACCAAGCGGUCAGAGAGUCUGCAGAGUUUGCAAAAUGAAACAGUAUACCCUGCUUCCAUUGCUUGAUAUGCGUGGGAACAUGCA